ACCUUUAUUAGUGUGCCAAGCUUCUGUUCCCCUCCUCUUCAUCUUCAAGGCGUGCAAAUUUGCUUUCAUUACUCUCCUUCUCUUCAGACAAAGCAUCAAUUCUCUGUCAAUGUUUCCUUUCUUUCAUUUCCAACAAUAGGAAAGAAAAUUUAGACAGAGAAAGAGGAAAGAGAGUUCCCUGUUUCAAACAAUGACUUGUUUCUCGUAGCCAAAACCUUCUGUUUCUUCUCUGUAUUUUUGCAGCUUUUGAAUCCUUCUUCACAGACACAAAGAACUUCUUGUUUGAUACUUAAUAGUCUCUUUGUUUAUAAUUUUGUUUGGCCAUCAUUCUUUUGCUAUACACACAUUUUCCCAAAACGAGAAACCAUGUAUAGAUUGGAGAAAACAGUGAUGAGAGAGGAAAGAUACAGGCACGAGAGAGAUAACCCAUCUUUCUCUUCUACUCUACUUGACAAAAUCUACCGUUCCAUCGAUGAUGAUGUUGGCACCAAACAUGAAGACUUGAAAGUCUACAGGGAAACAAUGCAAAAGAAACAAAGUAAAGGUAACAUGAAAAGCAACAGAAGUAGAGGACGAGGUCAAGAAGAAGAGCUGUCGAGUCUCCAACGAGCUCGUUUGAUCGAGAAAUGGAUGGAAAAGAAGGUUAGUGAAAAGGCAAAUGCAGACAGGAAACAGGUUUUCUCUGAGUUUGAAAGAAAAUCACAUCAUGAACAUGAUCCUGAUCAUGAUAUUCUUUUCUUUAGCUCCACUUCCAGCUCAUCUGAUUCCAGUUCUGGUGGUUUCUCAUCAUCUGACACUGAAUCUAUGUAUGGUUCAAAAACAAAAGCUUCAUUGUUUGUACCACCAAGGCCUAAACCUGUCAGGACCAACUUGUCGGCACGAUCAGAGAAACCGUUUAAAACGGAGAAAACAGGGAGAACAGAGAGGACUCUGUUUUAUGAACCGAAGGAGGAGUUGCAUAUGUUUGAUGAUUAUCAUUAUAAUUCUGCAUCUGACCAUACAUCAAAGCUUGAUGGAAGUUUUUCCAAGUCAAAAUCAAGAGCCAUGAAAAUUUAUGGCAAUUUAAAGAAGGUGAAACAACCCAUUUCACCUGGUGGCCGUCUCGCGAGUUUCAUCAAUUCUCUGUUCACAACAGGUAAUUCAAAGAAAGCCAAGAGUUCAUCUUCAAUUGUAAGCUGUGACGAUGAAAGAAAAUUGAAAUCGGGACAUGUCUCAACGUGUUCUUCUGCUUCCUCAUUUUCAAGGUCAUGUCUAAGCAAAAACUCGCCUUCUACGCGAGAAAGGUUGCGUAAUGGAGUUAAAAGAACAGUUAGAUUUUGCCCAGUGAGCGUAAUCGUUGAUGAAGACUGUAGACCAUGUGGGCAAAAAUGCUUAUAUGAAGAAGAAGACUCGAGUUUACUGUCGGUUUCAGUUCCAACUGCAUGGAAAAUUGGGAAAUCGCCAUCAAAAAAGUGCGAAGAAGAGCUAAAUUUUCAAAUAAUGGAGAAGACUAGGGGAGUGGAACAAAUGGCUAGAGAGUUUUUGAAAGAAUAUCAUCUAAAUCAGAAGAGGAGCGAUCUUAUUUCAAGUGACGGUCGCAGUAAUUAUGUAGUGGACGAAAUGGAUGACAAUGAAGAUGAUGCAGCUAGCUAUUCAAGUUCUGAUUUGUUCGAGUUGGAUCACCUUGUUCUUAUUGGUAAUGAUAGGUACAGAGAAGAGCUUCCAGUGUAUGAAACUACCCAUGUUGAAACAAAUCGAGCCAUUGCUAAUGGCUUGAUAGUGUAG